GACAGGUUUACAAAAUCUAUUGUCUGUUUACUUUAGUUAACGCACUUUAGUUUAUUCAAAUACAUAACGACUUGCACGUUAGCCGGCAGAGACAGAACUGAACAGAACAUAAGUAAAAAUUAUCUAGAAAAGAAAACUCGAUUCUCAAAAUAAUGGGUGCUUUCCAGCAAGGAGACACAGAAAGACACUGUGUCACACAAUUGAACACAGUGUAAGGGUGCUUACUGGAACAAUCUAAUUUUCGAUGUACUCACUAGUUUGCGCUGAUAUGAAUAUUAAGAAACAUAAAAUAAUUAUUCAACUGAUGGAAACUGUAAAUAAUGAGAGUUCAUCGAGUGAUGAAUUAAGUAUACUCAACAGCAGUACAAGUAGUAGUAGUACAUCUUCAAAUAAUGAAGAGGAAAAUGAAGAUGUAUUAUUAUUCCCUUUGCUUAAUAAUUUGAUGAAUGGUCGGAAAAGACAUCGCGUUGAAGAUUAUCUUCGAGUUGUUGAUUCUUGGACGGACCAGGAAUUUAAAGAACAUUUACGUUUAAAUCGACGUACAGCAUUGAUUUUAAUUGAAGAAUUGAAAGUCUCGCAUUAUAUUCCAUCACAUUCUUUUGGCGUUAAAUUAAUAUCGGCAAAACUUAGUUUUUUAAUUUUUUUGUGGUAUAUUGCGAACACAGAACCACUUCGAACAAUGUCUGAUAGAUUUAAUGUUUCAAUUUCUUCUGUUUUUAGAGUUCUUCGACGAAUUAUAGCUUGGCUUUUAACAAAAAAAGAUAUAAUUAUAAAAUGGCCACAAGAAAAUGAGAUUAUAAUGGUAUGUGAAAAAUUUAACAGAAAACAAGGAAUUCGUAAUAUUUUAGGAGCGAUAGAUUCGACUCACAUUCAAAUUCUGAAACCUAGCAGUAAUGCACGUAAUUAUUGUAAUCGAAAAAAAUUUUUUUCAAUAAAUUUACAAGCUGUUGUAGAUGCAGAUAUGCUUUUCACUAAUAUAUAUCGCGGUGAACCUGGUUCGCUUCAUGACGCGCGGGUCUUCCGAAGAUCAUCUUUAUAUGAAACAGCUAGUAUGGAUAAAGAAAUGUUAUUUCCUGGCCAAACAUUUCUAUUAGGUGAUUCGGCAUAUCCAUGUUUACAAUGGCUUGUUCCACCGUUUCGAGAUAACGGGCAUUUGUCACCUCAACAGAGGGAAUUUAAUUUUAUGUAUUCAUCUACACGAAUAGUUGUCGAAAGAGCGUUCUGGCAAUUAAAAGGGCGUUUUCGUCGCAUUAAAUUCUUUACUGAAUAUCGUGACAUAUCUUUUAUUACUAAUACAGUAGUUGCGGCUUGUAUACUACAUAAUUAUUGCAUUGGUAAAAAUGAUUUAUAUGAUUUUUCUGAAUAUGUCGACGAUUUUAUAAACAUUGAAAAUAAUAACGAAGAACUUAAUAAUUUUAAUCAAGAACUAGACCGUAGGAUGCAGUUGUUUAAUGAGAUAUUUCCUAUAAACUAAAA